UAACAGGAAGCAGGUGGAAUAAGUUGCAGGGGAGCACAAGCAAGGUUAUUUGAAAGUAAUUUACAUAUCUGGUUGGCAAACAUAAGGACAAAUACAUUGUUCUUCUUGUUUCACAUUUUUCUUUUUGAUCCAGUCAGUCAGAGCUGAAACACUGCAGCGAUGCCUCCCCCCGGUGUGUGUCUGAACAUCAUGGAGGCCCGUCACAAGCAAGACGGUUAUGGAAGCAAUACCAACCCCACCAGGUUUUUCGGCCAAGACUACCAGCAGCUCAAAGAGUACUGUGUCAUCAGACGGAUAAAGUUCAUUGAUGACUCGUUCCCACCUGAGCAGAGCUCUAUCGGCCAGGGCAUACUGACUGCCUCUGAACUGGCCCGAGUAGAGUGGCUGAGGCCAGCGAGAAUUGCCCCUAAUCCAUCAUUUGUCCUCCAAGGAAUCUCCAGGUUUGACUUUGGUCAAGGAAUACUUGGAAACUGCUGGUUUCUUGCAUCUAUCGGAGCUCUGACUUUCCAGAAUAACAUCUUCAGGCAAGUUGUUCCUGUUGAACAAACUUUUGAUGAGAACUACUGCGGGCUGUUUCACUUCAGGUUCUGGAGAUUUGGAGGAUGGGUGGAUGUAGUUAUUGAUGACAAGCUGCCAACGAUUAAUGGCAAAUUAAUUUUUGUUCACUCCAAAAACCAAAAUGAAUUCUGGCCUGCUCUGCUGGAGAAAGCAUAUGCCAAGGUUUGCGGUUCCUACACCGACAUGAGUGCUGGAACUCCUGCAGAGGCCAUGAUGGACUUCACGGGUGGUGUUCAUAUGUCUAUUCAGUUGUCUGACCCCCUACCAAAAUUGUGGGAGUUGAUGUGCAGGGCUGGUAUAUCAGGUGCACUGAUGGGCUGUGGUACACCACAACGAGAGACGUCAUCCUCUUCUUUUUACACCUUAUUACCGAAUGGAUUGGUUCAAGGCCAUGCAUACACUGUGACAGGUGUCAAACAGAUGAUGAGCAGAGGGAAGCUUGUCAACCUGGUGCGUUUGUGGAACCCCUGGGGCAAAGGGGAGUGGAACGGAGACUGGAGUGAUCGGUCCUCGUUGUGGCAAACCGUGAGCUCUCAGGAUCGGGAACUCUGCCUUUCAGUGGCUGAUGAUGGCGAGUUCUGGAUGACCUUGGAAGAUCUGUGUAAGUUCUACAUAGAUCUUGACAUCUGUGGCACAAGUCCAGACUUUCUGGACAAGAGCUCCUCUUGUCAGUGGAAGACCUCCAUAUACGAGGGCCGAUGGGUUGCAGGAACAACUGCUGGAGGCUGCAUGAAUAACAAAGACAGUUUCUGGACUAAUCCACAGUUUCGAGUGGAGAUUUGUGGUGAACAUUCAGAGAAAGAUGGUGAGAAAAAUACACUUGUGUCUCUGAUGCAAAAACCUGACAAGAGGAACCGACGCCUGGUGCAAAACCUCCACAUUGGAUUCUCUGUUUUUGAGUUGACCGAACAAUAUAAGACUCAGAGCGGGAAGUUCCCAGCCUCCUUCUUCAGCCGCCAUACACCUGUUGCCCAAACUAAGACUUUCAUGAAUGCACGUGAGGUGAUGGAGUUUCUGUUGCUGAAGCCUGGAGAAUACCUGAUUGUUCCUUCCACAUUCAACCCCAAUGAGACCGCCUCCUUCAUCCUGACCAUCCACUCCAAGAUAGACACCCAUUGCUAUGAAAAUUCUGCUGACCAUAAACAAGAUCAAGCUGAAAAGGCUAAAAAAAUAAGAAAUACACAGGAGGAUGAGAAGAAGAAAACCUUUUUCCGUCAAUACUCUGACAAGUACGAAGAAGUAGAUGCUGAGCAGCUCCAGAGGAUUCUAAAUGACAACAUCCUAAAAGGAGACUUAAAAUCCGGAGGGUUCAGCAUUGAUGCCUGUCGCAGCAUGGUCGCUCUCAUGGAUACAUCAAUCACAGGCAAGCUGAACAGCGAGGAGUUUGUUCGUCUCUGGAACAAAGUUGUUAGAUACAAGGACAUUUUCUAUCUCACUGAUGUUUCAAGAACAGGGACAUUGUCUCUGAGUGAGCUGAGGAAUGCAUUUGUAGCUUCAGGUAUAAGGAUCAGGGAUGACAUGCUCAACCUCAUGGCUCUGCGUUAUGGCGCCUCCUCUGGUCACAUGACUCUGGAGAGCUUCAUCAGCCUUAUCCUUCGCCUGGACUGCAUGUGGAAAAUCUUCAAACAACUCUCUGAUGGAAAAGUAAUGAGUCUUCAGGAAUCAGAGUGGAUGUACAUUUCAAUGUACACUUAACCCGACCAGGAAGACGUUCCCAUGGUUCAUCUGGAAGUACAGAAGAUAUUUCAAGAAAGGUUUAAUUUUACAUCUGAGUUAUGCUUUAUUCUCUGCAUCAUACGCUAGCAACUGGAUAUCAAGACACUAGCUGUUUUGAAUGCCCACCAUGUCUGAUUCAUCAAAAAAUACAACAGGACAUUAUUGGAGGAAAAGAGGGGAAAAAGAGAGAGAAAGGGACAGAGCAAGAGAUAAGACAAGAGUUAACAGACAGACUUACUUGCUUGAGAGAGCUCAGAGUUCAGGUAGGAUGCAAGAUGGAUGUCAUAUUAACUGUUAUUAGGGGGUCGCUUUAUCACAAAACCUACCACAGUUCAGUAGUGCUUCUUCAAUGACAGAAGCUAAACACUGUUAAGCAUUAUUUAUUAAAAAAGAAACUCUAUACUUGACUGAGGAUGUAUUUGCAGAGAGUAAUUAUUGUGUUGUUAUGUGAACAGCUAGGCAUUCAUAACAAAGUUAAUCCAUGAGUAUAAUCUCUAACUGCCUGUUGUUUGAUUUGGAUGCAAAAGUUUAUUGAUUAAAAAAAAACGUAAAUAACAAAACACAAUACUAGCAUGGAUCAAUAUGCUGUAGUAUAGAAUCAGGACUUUUUAUUAAUACUCAUAUCUGUGUCCUGAUCUAGAAUAAUUAAAAAU